CGACAGCGAUCCUCCAGUUGUGACAUGCUCUAAUAUUACUCUUGGGGGAGCCUUUCGUAAUACCUUCUUUGGCCUCCGCUUAGAUAAUACGUAUACUUACAUGGAUGAAAACCCCGACCCGAGUGGGAUAUCGUACAAUGUAACCACAGGGUUCGCAGGAGACUUAUUUCCUCCUGGAAAUACUCCUGUUACAAUGUUUUCAAGAGAUACCUUUGACAACGUGGCCACCUGCCAGUUCUACGUUCAGAAUAGCCUCAAAAGCUUGCCUGUCACCUGCCCUGACUUGGAUCGGAAUGUUACCCUAGAUCUGGGGGAGACAGCACUUUCCUUUGAUCCAAAUUUCGGAGCUGAUGACGUCAUCAGGUUUCUCCCUCUGUACCGGUUUCACAGAAACGUGAACGUUGAGGCGUCCAUUGAUGGUUUGCCUGUAGGGAGCCAUGUUACUGCGGGGAGACACGAGGUCGUUGUCGUUAUCUCUGAUGACGUGUUAUCGAGGACAUGCACAGGAUUCUACAACAUUGAAGGAGUAGUGGUAAAUUGCGACGUCAGACAACUGUCAUUGGAAAUCCCUUCCAGUGUUCUGAAAGAUGGAGUUGAUCCCUUCUCUCUUCAUUUCCUUGAUAAUUCUCCUGGUGAUUGCAAAAGCUCUAUAGAUACUGAUGGGAUAAUACAUCUAUCGACUGCAUACGACGCUUGUGGAACCACCUCAGAGUCAUCGGGGGACAACAUUACUUUUUCCAACGCAGUUACUGAUUCAAUUGGAGCGAACGGCCCCAACAUCCACCUUCCAGUCCAGUGUGUAUUUCACAAAGAUCGGGUUGUCGAUGGGACUCCUUUUGACGUUACAAGGGAUAGCUUCUUUUCGAUCAAAGGGUUGGCUUCCUUUCAUUUGACCUUGAAGAGGUACGAUAGCAAAGAGUUCACAUCGGUGGCCACCUCCGAAAUGGUUCCUCUACGACAGAUUCUCUUCUUUGCGGUGUCUUUUCGUCAUGACCCGUCUCCCGAUCUCUCCCUCUUUAUUGAUACCUGUUGGGCAACGCCGGAGCCUGCUCCGAAUCAUAAUGGUUCAACGAGAUACACUUUCAUCCUGAACGGAUGUGUUGUUGAUGGAACAGUAGAGUACCCACUUCUAGGGAAUCAACAAAAACAAGGUUUUUCUAUUGAAGCUUUCCGAUUCCUCGGGCAUUCUACACAGGUCCACAUGCAUUGUUCUGUAAUAACGUGCAUGGCUAAUAACCCGCAUAGCCGAUGCAAACAAGGAUGCCUUCCAGGGGACGGCGCUAAACCAAUGCCCAUGACGGUUGGAGAAGAGCAGGUUUCAAGUGAUGGUUUUUCCGUCGUUGGCUCGUAGGAUAAGCGGCUUUACAAGGAAAGCAACGGUGACACCCAUUAGAAGAGGUCAUGCAUUUAUAAAAUCCAGGACUUCCUCAUAUAUUCAUCACUAGGGACUUUUCGCAUUUACUGCGGGGAAACUUUCAACAACGCAAUUCCUUUAGAAAUGCAAUUAAAAUCACAAUGGAGAGCCGAGGGGCUUUUGUUGUAAGUUGGUGGACUGGGACAGUAGAUCAUCCGAAGAUUUGCACCGGACGAACAAUUGCAAAUAUGUCGUUGUCCAGAGUCGAGAUAUUCCGAUGCACUCCCGGUCCACUAACUUUCGACAAAAGCCUCUUAGCUCUCCGUUGUGAUUUGACUUGCAUUUUUAAAAGGAGUUGGUGCGUUGUAGAGAGUUUUCCCGUAGUAAAUGCGAAAAGUUCGGGUACCUUCGUCACUACCACUUAUACAGUGCGUAUCAAAAAAACGGGACAGUUUUGAAAAGUCUAUAAAAAAAUUUGUUUCAAAUUAUGGCAUUUAUAUUUUGAUGUUAAUAGAUGCUCUGAGAUCUUAUCUUUGAAAUGCCAUUAAAAAAAUGUGUUCAUGCUUGAGUGAACACGGGACUUUUUGUCGGGGGUUCAAAAAGUGGCUUGCACCAAACUGGCAGAAAUGAGAAAUUUGAUGAUCACACUUCUGGCUAAUCAGCAGACUUUCUCUUAACCUUUUCAUUAUCUUUGCCACGAUUUUUCGAAUUAUGCUGUCAAAUUUAAUUUACAAAUUUAUUUAUUUACUUGAAUUAUUUUGUUUUUUCAUUUAAACUUCUUUUACCUUUGACUUUUCCUUCAUUAGUAAGAAAAGAAGACUUUUUGUCAACCCAAGCAAGAAGAUUUGCAUUAUUAAUUGGGAAAACUUGUAAUCAUUCAAAACCUUUUAUUAUGUGAAAUGAAUUAUGUUAUGGUACCUUAAAAAACAUGAAUCCUAUUUUCAAGGGGUUAUUGAUUCCUUGACCAAGUUUUAUUAUGUGCUUGACUGGACAAACAGGAAAGGAUUCAUGUCUUUCAAUGGCAAUGGUGUAUUGAGUCAAUUCUGAAGGAGCUAGAUACAGCAGAUCGAAUAAAAUGUAUUAAAAAGUUGUGAGCGGGCGAAGCGAGCAAGCAAAAAUUUCCACUUUUUUCAUUGAAAUAUCAAAUUUUGUGAUAGAUUUUGACAUAAUAUUCGGAAAAUAAAUCAUAUUUCACUUUAUAUCUUUCCUUUUAUUUCCUUUCCACUUUUCUUCUUUUUUUUUAUUGAAGGGGGGAGCACCCCGAGCCCCCGCCCAUCUGCAUGCCACUGUUCAAAGGCACCAUAACCUUCGCAGCACACAAUGAAAGGAUUUGAAAAAAAUACACGCUUUCCCAUAGCUUAGGUUGAAAAAAUGUUUGUUUUUGCUUAAAGAAGAAAUAUUCAAAUCUAAAAGAGAACACAUUACAAAGUAACAGCAACAGACCAAUUUAAGCAAAUAAACAGAUUUGAAAAUAAAUUUUGACCGCAUAAUUCAAAAAUUAUUGCAAAGAUAAUGAAAAGGUUAAGAGGAUGUCUGCUGAUUAGCAAGAAGUCCGAUCAUCAUAUUUUUUCAUGUUAUGCCAUUUUGGCGCAAGCCUCCUUUUUAACCCCAGACAAAAACAUUCCGUGUUCGCUCAAGCAAGAACGAAACUAAUUUUUUUAAUGGCAUUUGAAAGAUAAGACUUCAGAGCUCCUAUUAACGCUAAUAUAUAGACAUCAUAAUUUGAAGAAAAAAAAUUAAAGACUUUUCAAAUCUGUCCCGUUUUUUUGAUACGCACUGUAGUUCCACCAUCACUACCAACACUGCCACCACCAAUAGGAUCUCGACUCACCCCUUAGAAGAUGUCUUCCGUAAUUAUGUACAUGUUCCUAAAUGAGCAGAACUCUGGUUGUUGUCCAUGCCACUUUGCUAUCCAUUAAUAAAACGUUUACCCAGGAUCAAGUUAAGGGAAACAGACAUUGUCUUAUGAAGACAUUACACAAUGUAGUGUAAGGAUUUGCUCCACGAAAUACGCAUAAAUCAAUGUUCUACCCAGCGAACAUCCACGUUUUUUUUUUAGAUAUUGUUUAUAUACUCAACGUUUGGGAGGACAAAGAUUAACUGUUUGCAAUAAUUAUGCUUUACUGGCGUACAGACGGUAGGGGCUUUGGAGCAAUGCCCCUCCCCAGGACAACUACAAAGAGUUUGACUGGAUAACCUUAUAUCACUAUCAUACCAUCACUAUCAUACUAUAACCUUAUAUCACUAUCAUACGUACGAAUUGGGUCAUAUUUGACACAUUCCUCGUUAGGAUGAAGCGAUCGAUCUCGAACUAUAGGACAUAUUUGAAUACUCCUUAUCCUUGCUAGAAUCUGUUCGAUUUCAUCUUCGUGUCUGUGUUAGGCGAUAGGAUACAUUAUAUACGGUAUAUGGAAAAUAUACAGAGCAUCGUCUGUGUGAUCAUGUGAUCAUAAUUUCACUUCGUCUAGAAAUAUGUCAGUUCUGGUUAUUUUUUUUAUUCAGAAUUCUUGUAAUUGAGUAUUAUACGAGUGUUAAUCGAAAUAAGUUCGGAUAGUUCUUUGUACAGCACAAUUUUUUUUUCAAGUUAAUAUGUAUACGUCUGCUUCUGGGAUUCUGUACUAUUUGAUAAUUGGGAGUUUUCGUUCCGCGUCGCACGACCAAAUUAAGAACGCAGUAAGUGUAUUAAAAGUGCCCGUCAAAUGUCGGUCUAUGUUGAGAAUUGAUGAACCGGAACAGCAAUUUCCUCAAGUUUCGCAGCUGACGAAAAAUUGAUUAAAAUGUCGUUUGUCCAGAGUCCAGGUCGACUUUGUUGUUUUGAUUCACCAAUUUUCGACAAAGACUUCUUGUUUGUGCUUUGUCACGAAGGGCAUUUGACAAUACAUUUUCUAUGUUUUUUAAUCCGUCGCGCGACGUGGAGCGAAUGCUCCCUUAUAAUCCCAUCAUCACCCACUUACUGUAUGAGCUAAAUCUUUUCAUGCGAUUAAUAAAUUCACCUGAUUGAAAUUA